AUGAUUAUUUCGACGCUCCUUGCACGCGCUCUAGAGCUGUCUGUCGGUUCGCUCAACGUCGAUCCUCGUCCCAACUUAAGGGCUAGCGAUGUAUUCGGUAGCAGCACCCGACUACAUUCCCAGGAAUCAACACAGCAAUACCCCACCAGAUUUGAAGGCCUUACUUGGGAUAAUGCGAACUGGCGACUAACCACAACUCAUCUCGACCAAGGCCAUUACCAGUCUCGUGGUUCUAUAGCAAACGGCUAUAUGGGAAUUAGUGUUGCUUCUGUAGGCCCGUUCUUUGAACUCGACGUGCCUGUAAAUGGCGAUGUGAUCAACGGCUGGCCUCUUUUUUCUCGAAGACAAAGCUUCGCUACCAUCUCUGGGUUCCAUAACCUCCAGCCCGACGCAAAUGGGACCAACUUUCCCUGGCUGAGCCAGUAUGGCGGCGACAGUGUUAUCAGCGGCAUUCCACACUGGAGUGGUCUCAUCUUAGAUCUUGGGGGCGAUGCCUUUCUAGAUGCAGGUGUAGAUAAUAGCACUAUCUCCAAUUUUGUUUCGAUUCUGGACAUGAAGAAAGGAGUUUUGGCUUGGAAUUUCAAGUGGUCUCCUGCGAACAGAAAUUCUACAUUUGAUAUAUCUUAUCAGCUUUUUACCCAUAAGCUUUAUGUGAACCAGGCCAUUGUUCACAUGGAAGUAACCCCGUCUACUAAUGGGAAUGCUACAGUUGUCAAUAUCCUCGAUGGUUAUUCUGCUGUCCGUACUCAGUUUAUCGGAUCUGGAACCGAUGGCCAGGCCAUCUACUCAUCUGUGCGACCGAAUGGCGUUAACAACGUUACUGCUUACAUAUACGCUCAAAUGACCGGCUCACAGGGGAUGGAUAUGUCUACCGCUGCGAUAGUUUCCGAUAAGCCCUACAUCCGAAAGAAUGAAUCAACAAUUGCCCAAGCAGUUAAUGUCAACUUUCUCGCAGGACAGAAAAUAUCAAUCACUAAAUUUGUAGGGGUGGCUUCUACCGAUGGAUUUGCUGACCCCAAGGUAUCGGCCAAGGCCUCUUGCACAAGUGCGUUAAACAGCGGAUACGAAGCAUCUUUCCAGUCUCAUAUCAAGGAGUGGGCUACGAUAUUUCCGAGGGACUCUGUCGAUGAUUUUACACUUCCAGAGUCCGGCGCGUUACCUGCUGACAAGCAUAUAAUAGAAUCAGCGAUAACAGCAGUUGUUAACCCGUAUUAUUUGCUUCAGACAACAGUUAGUGAGAAUGCAAUGAAGAUGUUAAAUAAUUCUUCAUUAAAUAGGGGAAGCAUGUCAGUUGGUGGCUUGACUUCGGACUCAUACGCUGGAUUUAUCUUUUGGGAUGCAGAUAUAUGGAUGCAGCCGGGGUUUGUGACCUCAUUUCCGGAAGCAGCGCAGACGUUCACCAACUACCGGGUAGAUAAAUACGGACAAGCCCUCGAAAACAUUAAAUCAGCUUUCACGUCAUCGAAAAACCGCACCCGUUUUUCGCCUGGGGCGGCUAUCUAUCCCUGGACUAGUGGUCGAUUUGGUAAUUGCACAGCAACAGGACCCUGUUUCGAUUACCAAUAUCAUCUGAAUGGGGAUAUCGGGUUGCAGAUGGUCAACAACUGGGUCACAACUGGCGAUACGGAGUAUUUCAGAUCUACUCUAUACCCUAUAUAUAACUCUAUAGCCACGAUGUUUGCCGACAUUUUGGAGAAAAACGGCUCAUCCUGGACCUUGACUAAUAUGACGGAUCCAGAUGAAUUUGCAAACCAUGUUGACGCCGGUGGUUUUACUAUGCCUAUGAUUGCAUCUACUCUGACUUAUGCAAAUAGAUUUCGCCAGCUGUUUGGAAUCGAAGAGAAUCAGAUAUGGAAUGAUAUGGCUAAGAAUGUCCUUAUUUCCAAGGAGCCAGCUUCUAGUAUAACCCUAGAAUAUACAACCAUGAAUGGGAGCACGCGAGUUAAGCAAGCCGAUAUUGUGCUCAACACCUUUCCACUGCGCUAUACCGAUAAUUACCCGCCCGAAAAUGCCCUGACGGAUUUAGAUUAUUACGCCGGAAAACAGUCACCUCAUGGGCCAGCUAUGACAUACGCUAUGUUCUCUAUUGUUGCAAACGAGGUAUCACCUUCAGGAUGCUCAGCAUAUACUUAUGCACAAUAUUCGUUCAGCCCAUAUGUCCGAGCGCCUUUCUUUCAAUUUUCAGAACAACUGGUCGAUGAUUGGCUCACCAACGAUGGCACCCACCCUGCCUUCCCAUUUCUGACUGGAAACGGUGGUGCAAAUCAGGUUGUUCUUUUUGGAUAUCUUGGGUAUCGCCUUUUGCCCGAUUCUAUCCUUCAUGUAGAUCCGAAUUUACCGCCGCAGAUCCCCCACAUCACCUACCGCACAUUUUAUUGGCAUGGUUGGCCGAUAAAGGCCUGGUCAAACUAUACACAUACUGUGAUUCAACGGGCGCAGAAUAAGACCGCUUUAUCCACUGCUGAUCAAACCUUUGCUAAUGCACCUAUACCUGUACAUGUCGGCCCUGCAUUGAAGGCAACGCGUUACUCUUUACCGCCAUCUGGAGAUCUGGUUAUUCCCAAUCGUCAAACUGGCUCUAUUAAUACCUUUCCGGGAAACCUGGCUCAAUGUCAAUCUGUUAAUUCUCCAAACGACUAUCUACCCGGCCAAUUUCCAAUCUCAGCCGUUGACGGAGCGGCAUCCACUAAAUGGCAGCCAGUCAGUGCCAAUAUGACUGCUUCUCUCACGGUUGCCUUCCCCGACUCAACAUUACCAUCGAAAAUCGUUGGUUUCGGGUUUGAUUGGGCUCAAGCACCCCCGGAAUAUGUGAAAAUCUUGUUACAUAACUCACCUCUUCCUCAAACAAUAGAUAUCACAUCUGCACCUCCUCCUGGAGCUGUGGUCAUCGCGGACCUACCACAGAUUGCCAUGUCGGAUCCAUAUAAACCAAAUAUUACCGAUCUUAACGCCAUCGUGCCGUAUAAAGGAAACACAACAAAUAUGACGCUGCCCUCACCAGUACCAGUAACCAAGUUUGCUACUCUCUUAAUUCGAGGCAGUCAAGCUCUAGGAGAGGCAGAUAUUAAAGCAGGAAAUGGCACUGGAGCAACAGUGGCAGAAUGGUCCAUUCUAGGAGCCGAUACUGGUCAGGGAAAAGGCAACUCGACGGCGAAAAAACUCAACGUUUACGGGGUAUCCUAA